GGCCUGACCGAGCGGCUGCUGAAGCCGGUUUCGGGGUGGUUCCGGCACGCAGCGCUCGCUCCCUUCCCGGGUCGAGGUGUCCGCUGCGGUCGCCGUAGGGAGCCCCGCGCGGCCGCACGCGCGUGACCAUGUGGCGGCUGCUGGCUCGCGCCGGCGCGCCCCUCCUGCGAGCACCCUUGUCAGAUUGUUGGGCAGCCCCGCCCGCCAGUGCUGGCCUAAAGACGCUGCUCCCGGUGCCAACUUUUGAAGAUGUUUCCAUUCCUGAAAAGCCCAAGCUUAGAUUUGUUGAAAGGGUCCCACUUGUGCCAAAAGUGAGAAGAGAACGUAAGAACUUGAGUGACAUACGGGGACCUUCCACCGAAGCCACCGAGUUCACAGAAGGCAAUUUUGCGAUCUUGGCACUGGGCGGUGGGUACCUCCACUGGGGCCAUUUUGAAAUGAUACGCCUGACAGUCAACCGCGGCAUGGACCCCAAGAACAUGUUUGCCUUGUGGCGAGUGCCAGCCCCCUUCAAGCCCAUCACCCGCAAGGGUAUGGGGCAGCGCAUGGGGGGCGGCAAAGGCGCCAUCGAUCACUACGUGACUCCCGUGAAGGCGGGCCGCCUCAUAGUAGAGGUGGGUGGCCGCUGCGAAUUCCAGGAGGUGCAAGGCUUCCUCGACCAGGUCGCCCACAAGCUGCCCUUCUCAGCGAAGGCCGUGAGCCGUGAGACUCUGGAGAAGAUGCGGAAGGAUCAAGAGGAACGGGAACGGAACAACCAGAACCCCUGGACCUUCGAGCGCGUCGCCACGGCCAACAUGCUGGGGAUACGGAGAGUGCUGAGCGCUUACGACCUGACCCACAAGGGGCGGUACUGGGGCAAGUUCUACAUGCCCGAACGCGUGUAGCCCGGACGUGAGGCGUCUUCGUCUUUCCUCCCCAGGGCCAGUCCCUGCAGUCUUUGGGUAGCUCCCAUGUCGCAACCAUGGAGAAGCAUACGGGUUUUCUGAAAAAUAUCACCUUAUACUAUGUGUUGAUUUUUUUCUUAAGUGAAUUAUAUUUAUAUAAUAAAUAAAUGAGCAUCGCCUCAGGAUGUA